AUGUCCCGCGAUUACCGCAGCCGGCCCGACCUCGACGAGACCUCCCUCACUCACGAAGUAGAGCAUGGCUAUUCAUCUUCCUCUUCCAACGAUGGUCAAGUCCCCUACCAGAUACCUCCGGGGAUCCAGCGCCUCCUAGCCCGCUCUGGCGGCCGCAUGCAUUUCCCAGAGCUGAGCCGGGAUCAGUUUUCAAUCCUGGCGGCGGAUGGCAAUGAGCCAUGGCUCCAGAAUUAUAUUGACAUGGGCUUACUCGAGCCUAAUUGUGUGUAUCGCGAUACUAGACUACUACGACGCGUUUUAACGGAACUAAGGGCGUUGCCACAGGCGCUGUGCCGGGUCGGUGGUCACAGUGGUAGGAAUAGCUUCGGAGUCGCUGCUAUUGGAGAUGAGGGACGUCGUAGUACAAGAGAACAAACCAUCCCCAACAACAUCCCAGCAAGCACCAUCCCCAACGACUCCUACCCCUACCCCUCCCACGCCGCUUCCGAAAAUCCUCCCUCUUCCUCUUCUACGGGCCAAGAGCGCGACUUCGGCAGCCUAAGCUACACCUCCGGCAUCACCAACAUUCCCCGCCAAGUUGACAUUCUCCUCGGCCCCCUACGGCGGCCGCACGGACUUCCCGGGGGUGGUGGGGGAGUUGAGGGCCUUGCGUUGGGAGUUCGGGACGGGGAGUGGGAAUGGAAGUGGGAGAGAGAGUGGAAGAGGUGGUGCUCGGAGCGUGAGGAGGGAUCGAGGAGGUGGUACUCGAAGACUAGGAAUCACUGCGGGAGAGCGAGAAUGAGCGGUAGAUUUUCGGAGAGAACAAAGCAGAGAUGGUGCUCCGCGAGAGGAAGUUGAUGAGCGAGAAGAUAGUGCUCAGCCAGCACAAGGAGCUGCUCAAAACUGUGGUAGAGACAA